GUUCUUAUAUUAAUUAAGGGAGUGUGAAUAAGAAAAGGAAGCAAACUAUAUAAUUGCUCACUUCAUCUUCUAUUUAUCCAUCACAGAGUUCACUUAGCUUUCUUCUCACAUUUUCUUUCAAGUUCCAAAGCCAAAAAUACACCAAGAAAAAUGGCAGGCAAGAAUCUCAAUAUUGUUACCUUAUCGGUGUUGCUUCUCUCAUUGUUCACAGCAACCAAUUCAUAUGUCCCAGGAAAAGCAGCAGAACAGAAAAUUGAUGUAGUUGUGGAAGGUAUGGUGUAUUGCCAGAGCUGUAAAUACUAUGGAACAUGGUCUUUGUCUGAAGCCAAACCAAUCCCGUAUGCAAACAUCAGCGUUAUCUGCAAGAACUUUAGAGAUCAAAUCUACUAUAAGGUUUUCAAAACAAACGAAAAUGGCUACUUCUAUGCACGCCUAGAUGGUUUCAAGAUGAUCCAUUAUCUUCUGGACCAUCCUUUGCAGUCAUGCCAUGUCAAACUCCUUUCAUCUCCUCUUGAGGACUGCAGUCUCCUCACCAACAUUAACAAUGGACUUAGUGGCGCCCCACUUCGUUAUGAGGAGAAGAAACAGCUCGGAGAACGUAUUAUGAGCCUGUGA